AUGGUAACCACAACUUCUAUGAAAGCCUCUAGGAGACAAAAGUUCAAAGAGAUUGUAGCACAUCAACAAAUGCGAGAAGUGAAAAAUCAAUCUACCUUGAAGGAGUUACAAGCAAAAGAAUUUCCCUUUCCGAACUCUGACGUUCCUGGGAUUCUUGAUGAGCAGCUAACAAAGAAAGUCAUAGUACUCCCAGAGUCAAAGCGACCCAAAGAAUCCAAUAAAACCAAUGAUCCUAUGUAUUGUGAAUUUCACCGCAUCAUCGGUUAUCACAUCACAAAAUGCUUCACUCUAAAAGAGAAGAUCAUGACAUUGGUAAGAAAGAGAAAAAUCAUCAUUGACGAUGUUGAAGUUUUCGUCUUGACGAAAACAACAAACACAUCCAAGGUAGAUGCCUUUUUCAAUGAAGAGAGUGAUGACACUUGGACUUUGGUUACUCGCAAAAGGCAGAAUCAUCAAGAAAAGAAAGUGACAACAACUCUUUUUGUGUUUGGAGACUCCAUGUUUGAUCCUGGAAACAAUAAUUACAUAAUGAAUCCUUCAGCUUAUAAAGCAAAUUUUGAGCCAUAUGGAAUAUCAUAUUUUAAGUAUCCUACUGGCAGAUUUUCUGAUGGCCGCCGCCUCCCUGAUUUUAUCACGGAAUUUGCAAAUUUACCAACGAUUCCAGCAUUUUACCAAGCUCUACAUAACCAUUAUAUUAAUCAUGGAGUGAACUUUGCUUCUGCUGGUGCUGGUUGUCUAGAUGAAACAUACCGUGAAAAGAAAAAAGUUGAUGGCACAACUAGGGAAAAAGGUUCAAAGGCAUUGUUAUCCAAUGCAGUCUACUUGUUCAUCAUAGGCAACAACGAUUAUCUACGUCUUUAUGACAUUCCAGAUAUACCUUCAGACUCGUCUUGCUUAUCUUAUACAACAGAGCACGAAUACAUGAAUAUGGUGAUGGAUAGCCUCGUUACAGUCAUGAUGGAAAUAUACAAGUUAGCUGGGAGAAAAUUUGGGAUCCAGGAUUUGUUGCCUUUGGGUUGUUUACCAAGAUUUAGGGGUCUUGCUUUGCUUAAGAAAGGUCCUCAUAGUGAUUGCUUGGAUGAACUCAACUCUGUAGUAAAGAAGCACAAUUUAGCUCUUUCGCGGAAAUUUAAACAGUUGAAGAAGGAAUUAAGAGGUUUCGAAUACUCAUUCUUCAGUAUCUUUGAUGCUCUUAAGGAACUCUACGAAAAUCCUUCAACACAUGGUUUCAAAGAAGCAAAGGCAGCAUGCUGUGGGUUUGGUCCAUACAGAGGAUUUGGUAGUUGUGGAAUGGCAGAGGCUUAUGAGUUGUGUGAAAAUGUGAAGGAACAUGUAAUAUUUGACUUUUAUCAUCCCACUGGAAAGGCUUUCCAUCACUUUGCGCAACUAUGGUGGCAGGGAAAUUCAAAUGUGGUUGAGUCUCAAAGUUUGAAAUCCUUAUUAGCCUUAUUAUUCGCUUGAUCUUUGUAUUCUUUAGUGGCUAAUUGUUAAAUUGUUCGCCGUUUGUGUACUAAUUCAUUUUUUUCAAUGUUGGGCUUUUUCAAUUUAAACUAAUGCCUUUGCAUAAAAAAUGAGCUUUAGCGACAAUUAAUUAACAAUUGCCGCUAAAUAUAUAUUUUUAGGAACAAUUAACACUCUUUGUAUGUGACCUUAAA